AUGGCGGGCCAUUGCGGGGUCCUGCAGCUCCCGUUGGCGUGGCUGGAACCUGCUCAAACAGUCAGUGCAUUUCUGUGCAGAACUCUCAGCUCUAGCCUAGAUGAAAUUGCUGUCAUCCUGGCCUGUAUUGAUGAAAACCUGGACAUGGUGAAGUUUCUGGUAGAAAAUGGAGCCAAUGUGAACCAGCAAGACAACGAGGGCUGGACCCCUCUCCAUGCAGUGGCAUCCUGUGGCUAUCUGAACAUAGCAGAGUACUUGAUUAGCCAUGGAGCCAACGUGGCUGCUGUGAACAGCGAAGGGGAGGUCCCGUCUGACAUCGCAGAGGAAGCAGCCAUGAAGGACCUGCUUCUGGAACAAGUAAAGAAGCAAGGUGUAGACCUAGACCUGUCAAGGAAAGAAGAGGAGCAGCAGAUGCUGCAGGAUGCCCGGCAGUGGCUGAACAGUGGGAGAAUUGAGGAUGUAAAGCAGCCUCGGACAGGAGCCACAGCCCUUCAUGUUGCUGCAGCCAAGGGCUAUUCUGAAGUCAUGAGGCUUCUGAUCCAGGCUGGCUUUAAUCUGAAUGUCCAGGACAACGAUGGCUGGACUCCCCUCCACGCUGCCGCGCACUGGGGAGUGAAGGAAGCGUGUUCCAUCCUGGCCGAGGCUCUGUGUGACAUGGACAUCAGGAACAAGCUGGGCCAGACGCCCUUCGACGUGGCUGAUGAGGGACUCGUUGAGCAUUUGGAAAUGCUGCAGAAGAAACAGACUGUGUUGCGAAGUGAGAAGGAGACGAGGAAUAAGCUGAUUGAAGCUGACAUGAACGGGAAGCCUCAAAGCAGACUCUUCACCAACAAAGAGAAGAUUCUUUAUGAGGAAGACACGCUGAAGUCCAUGGAAAUGGAGGAAGAGAACAAGGACUCUAGUAGUUCUAGUUCUGAAGAGGAGGAAGAAGCUGAAGAUGAAGUUUCAGAAUCGGAUGCUGAAAAGGAGUCAGAGAGGAAGGAAGAGCCCUUUGCCAACCACUCCAGCCGUGAAUCCAGGCCCAGCAUCAGUGAGCAAAUGCCACCACCCGAGCCCAACUCCUUCACUGCGUCUGCCAGAAGAUUCAGCUGGCUCAGCAAGUCGGAGGAGCAGAAGGACGAGUCGCCGUCGUCGUGGCGGCUGGGGCUGAGGAAGACGGGCAGCCACAACAUGCUGAGCGAAGUCGCUGCCACUCGUGAGGCACAGAGAGACAAGGCUGCUUCCAUCUAUCGUUCCUCGUCCAGCCCUCGGAUAUCUGCACUGUUAGACAACAAGGAAAAGGAUAAAGACAACAAGAGCUAUCUUGCCACCAUAGCUCCCAGAAGACUGAGCAGUACGAGCGAUGUAGAAGAAAAAGAAAACAGGGAAUCAGCUGUGAACCUGGUGAGGAGUGGCUCCUACAGCCGACAACCCUGGAGGGACGAGUCAAAGGGAAACGAAGCUCCCCAUUCUGGAGCACCCACCACCUAUGUAUCCACCUACUUGAAAAGUGCUUCAUUUGGUAGAAGUAGUGACCUGGGCAGUCCCUACAUUUCAGCCAGUCGCAGUCCAUCUCUAGCUACCUCACCCACUGCCAUUGGCUCAUCUACCUCCCCGGGCUCCCCGUGGCAACCUGUCUCUUCCUGUCCCACAUCUCUCGGUGUGAACACUCCUGCAUCAGCCUGCCACUACACCAGAGCCCCUUUCAGGCAACAAACUGAUUCUGCUGUAGAGAAAGGCCCAGAGGGCAGCUGUGUUACCCCUCUAGGUGUAAUCACAAACCGGGCUGUGCUGGGCGCUGCCAACGGCACCGCGAACGCCGGGGCUGCCUCCGCCCCGGGGAAGGACCUCUCUGCUGAGGAGGCCAGAGAGCGCAGAAGGUCAGUGAGCAGUGGGCUCUGAUGGUCUGCUCCGUGG